UCUAACAGGGGGAUCCCUUCCAACUCUACAAUUCUAUGGUUCCGGGAACUUGGCGGAUAGUCGACUCUCCUUCACUGGAGGCUGGAUGUCUGUGGGUCAUGGAUUCUUCCUGAAAUGCAGGAAUCGAAACUAAAUAAAACCCCACAGGUGUGCAUCUGAGCUCUGUUGAAAAGCCUCCAAUGAAGGAUAGCCCACCACCUUAGAGGGAGUCCGUUCCAUAGUUGAACAGCUCUUACCCUCAGAAAGUUCUUGCCGAUGUUUAGUCAGAAUCUCCCUCCAGGAAGAAGAUGGAAAAGCGGGCGGGACUGGAUCCUGUGGGAGGGAGUCCGGAUUUUUCAGGAAGGUGGUUACAGCCUAGGGUCAUUCCUUCUCUCCCACAGGGGGUUUGCUGGUGUGUGGUCUAUUGCGCUGAGGGACAGCUGACGGCUGUGCUCCAGACUCUGAGUCGUUUUGAGGAGGUGAUCUCCGAGGGGGAGGAUUCAGCUUACCAUCACUUUGGCCAGAGCUUGCCGGAGCCAGGGAGAAGCAGCGUGAAGAGCGCCCUCCUUCUGCUUUAUGGCAGCAUGGCGGUCCGUGCCCCCCGGGAACAGCUUCUGCCUCUGCUGGCGAGCGAGAUUGUGCCACGGAUCCUGCGCCAUUACACAUCUAGCGGCCCAGAGUUGACUUACUUUGCGGAACUGGGCUGCCCCACUGGGCGAAAAAAGGGAGCCACGGAUGCUGAGCUGGCCCUGAGCUUCUCCCAGUGUGUGUCUGAGAUCAGCCUUUCGAUCCUGAGCAAAGGCGAUGCCCCAACCUUCUGCCUGCCCCAAAAACGCCUCCUGCUUGACCUCCUCGUAGACAUUAUCAAAGCAGAGCCCCUCGACGCCCUUGUAUCCCCCGUCCGCCAGCAAGUGAUGGUUGCCCUCCGGCACUUGAGCCAUGUGCCAGAGCAGCUGAGCCAGGAGGGGAACCAGGCGCUGGCAGAGGCGGCCCUGAGCAGCGUCUUCGCUCUUCCUCCUUUGGGGCUGGCAGAGGAUGUAGGCCAGGCACCGCUGCCUUCCAGCGUUCAAGCGCUGCAUACGGGUGCCCUGACAUCCCUGUCGGAACUGGUGGAGACUCUGCUGGAGGAAGAGGUGGUGAGGGUGGAGCAAAGGGAGAGUGCCAAUUUGCAGUGGUUCCAACAGGCCUUCCAGCUCCUGGGGUACUGGAUGGUGUCGGAGCGGGAAUGGGAGCGUGCCCGGGCUUUGCAGCUUGGGGUGCACUUGCUUCGGGCCCAUUGCCAGAAGACCAGCGCUUCCCCACGGAUCCCCCCGGAGCAAUUCAGCCGCCUGGCUGGGGCGCUGGGGCCUUUCACCUGUGACGUGCUGGGCAGCAUCCGGCAGGGUGCCGUCGACUGCAUCAGGGUCUUGCUAAGCACCCAAGGCACCCAAAGGCCAAGGGGCCGCUUGGUGGCCUGGCAGCUCCACUGCAUCCAACGCAAGCUCCGGAGCGAGAGCAGCCCCCGGGAGGUGCGCACGGCCUCUCUCCAGCUGGCGAAGGUUGUCAGCCGCGCUCUGCCCCCGCAAGAGAUCCUGGCCUUCCUGCGCACCUUGCUGGAGCAGCUGAGAGCUGUGAGCCCCACCUGCGACCAGGCCGUCCUCCUGUGGUUUGAGGUGGUUGUGAAGGAGCAGAGGGCAGCCUUGAAGGACAAGAUCCCCGACCUGGUGGCUGUCAUUUGCUCCUAUGUGCAGCAAUCAGAGGAUGCAACUCAGCGCCAUUCCCUGGCCCAGGCUGUCUGUGUGCUGACGGAGCGCCACUGCAGGGCGGUCUGUGCCACCCUCCUUCAGCAGGCCCUCCUCCCAGACAGGGCAAGGAUGGAGCUCUUGGUGGCUGUAGCAACGUACAAGGAUAACAGCGAACCUGUCCUGAGGCAUCUGCUCAGCGUGGUGAGGGGGGAAGGAAGGGGCACCCCCAGCUACGUCAUGGCUCUUGUGUCCCUCCGGGAGGGAGUCCUGGCUCUGGAGGACUGCACCAGCCAGCUCCCGCUGCUCUCAAAGCUGUGCCACGCUCUCUUGUGCCAACUCAGCAGCACGGACCUGAAAUCAGAGACGCCCGACCCUUCUUCUUUGAAAAGGAUGGCAUGCAGCAGAAUGGUGCCGCUGGAGCCCCGCAGGCAGGCUGUGCUGGUGCUGCAGGCUGUCCUCAGCAGAGCUCUCCCGGAAUCGGCUGGGGAGAUGGAUGUCUCAGGAGACACCUGGAGCUUCCUGAUGCAGCCGGGCAGUUACCUGAAGGGUGUCGCCCUCUUAGCCAGGUCCAUGGCGUGCUCACAGAAUCCCCUCAUUGAUGACCUCCUGCAUCACCUCCUGCCCCAUCUCAGUUCCUCCAGAACAGCCUACAGAGACCUCAGCCUGGUCUUCUGCAUGGAGAUCCCAGGCCACUCUUUGCUUCACACGCCAGAGAUGCUAAACCUCCUUCUGCAAGAGAUGCUGGCCAGGUCCCAGGAUGGCAGCACCACCCUGCGAGCCCUGGCGCUCCGAGGCCUGGGGAACGUGGCAACAGAAGCCCCCCAUGAGGCGAAGAAGCACCAGGAGUCUUUGCUGGCGACUCUGCUCCAAGCUGCAGCCAACGACUCCAGCCCCGAAGUGGCCUGUGAGAGCCUGUGUGCCCUGGGCAAGCUGUGGGGAUGUAUCGGGAGACGGCACAGAGUUCGUGCUCUCCAGGCCAUAGCCGGCCAGGCCCGUGGGCACCUCUGGCACGUGGAUGAUUGCCUCCGCGAAGCAGCCUUUGAGCUCUUGGGCCAGCUGGCCAGGGCAACUCAGCCGGAGGAGGCCAAGUCCUUUGCCAAAGAGGUGGGGAGGUCUUUGACUGCCCUCCUGCUGCACUUCAGGGAACCCAGCCCCACUGUGGCCAAGGCCUGUUCCAUUGCCUUCACAUCAUGUGCCCCCUUCGUGGGCCUGCAAGAUCUCACAGGGGACAUGGAGGCUGGGCAGCUGCUGGCGGAUGUCUCUGGUGCACGUCACAUCCACCUGAUGGGCAAAGUGUGCCGACAGCUGGCUAAGACGAAUCCAGCGCUCUUGGGGGCCAUCCUGGCUGAUGUGCCCCAGUACCUGUGCUGUACCUGGGAAGGAGUUCAGAUCGCAGCCUGCAAGCUGGCCGGAAUCCUUGUGAAGACAGCGGACGCUCAGCGCCUCCAACAGCUGGAUCUGGACCGGCUCCUGGUAGCCCUCCGCCCUCUCUGCCAUGACCCCAACGCUGCUGUUGAGAUUGCUGCCUCAGAAGCCCUGCAUGCCACCCAGCAGAAAUGCCAGCAGAGCCAGGCUGGCUCAGCCCGGAGCCGCAGAAGAAGGCCUCUGCUGCCUGGCUGGUUGUUUGGCCGGCAACGUAAAGGUCCCAGGCUUGAGAGCCGGGGGGCUGGGCCUACCUGAGGGGGAAGCCUUGGAAAGCAGAAAUAUAUAUCUAUCUCCCCUUUUACGACUGGUGUCUCCUUUGGGCUGAGGGUAAAGUGGCAACCUCUUGCUGGCUUAAUCCUCCUAUCCAGAGACUUAGCACGGCAGAGAGAGUUAUGAGGACCCCAUGGUGAGCUCUGAAGUGGGAAUCCUACAAGGAGGUCUCAGCUCAGGAAAAGAAAAGAACGUGCCAAAAGGAGGGCUACCCUCCCACCAGCACCUCCUAUCCCUGUUGACUUCAGCUUCACUGGCCCCAAUUUGCCACAAGCACAGAAUUGGGGAGCUCAGGAAGGGGCACUCUCUGGGAUUCCAAGGGCAAGCUGGGGAAUGGGGAGAAUGGCCCAGGAAAACCUGGAUUGGGGCCAGGAAUCAGAGGGCUGCCAGCUGCUCAGAUCCACCUUUGUCUCCUACUUUCCCUGUGAGAUCCCCCCCCCUUUGUUCAGCAUUUUCUCUGGCACACCCCCCCCCCUUUGACCCGGCUGGCCCCAAACAGAUGGAUAAGCGUCGGCCUUCCCCACAGAAUUCAUAGAAUCCUAGAUACAUAGAGUUGGAAGGGGUCUGGGGGGGUCAUCCAGUCGAGCCCCCUACAAUGUACGAAUUGCAGCUUGUCUGGCACCUACUAGUGGCGUGUUGUCCUAUUUUUAUUAUUAUUCUCCUCCUCCAUGUGGGACAACUUUCCUUCCCAGAGGUUGUGCCUGCUUCAAAACAGGCGAGGAAGCUCUGGCUGUGGGUCAGAUGCAACAGAUAGGGCUUCCCCUAUCUGCAGCCCACCAACUUCUCCUCUGGCCCCCAUUUUCUCUGCAUG